GAUGCGUUUCCAGAAAACAUGGUACCAAAUGUGAAGAUGACUGCCCUGUGAAUUGUACGGAUACAUGUGAGCAGGAUACGGGGAAUUGUAAUGAAUGCGUUUCCGGAAAACAUGGCACAAAAUGUGAAGAUGACUGUCCUGUGAAUUGUAAGGAUACCUGUGGACAGGAUAGGGGAAAUUGUAAUGAAUGCAUUUCUGGAAAACGUGGUACUACAUGUGAAGAUGACUGUCCUGUAAAUUGUCAAGAUACAUGUGAGCAGGAUACAGGCAAUUGUAGUGGCUGCAUAGGAGGAUUUUUCGGGACGUACUGUAUGGAAAAUUGUAGCAGCAAUUGUUCCGAAUGUGAACAGGAAAGCGGAGUAUGCACGAAAUGCAUGACGGGUUUGUACGGAAUGAAUUGUAACAUGUCAUGUGGUCACUGCAGCAUUUGUGAACAAAACUCUGGUGUGUGUGUGACUUGUGAUCCUGGAUACGAAGGAAUUUACUGUGAAACAAAGCAAGCCGAAGUGUCGGAUAAUCCUACGCCAUCGACUAACGCAGGGUCGAUAGCCGGGCCUAUAGCAGGGGUACUUGCUAUCCUUGUCAUCGCCGUAGUUAUAGCAAUAUAUAUCAGAAGACGUCGACAGAAUGCUGGUAAACAAGACACCUUUGAUGAUAUCGGACGUUCCAACAAGCUUCACAGGAAAGGCCAGAGCAAACCGUUAGAAACAGAAAAUUCUCGUAGCGAACCUGUGGUGCCCCCCGAGCAUAAUGUGUACAGCAACGUCCUCCUAGAUCCAGAUUAUCCAACCAAAGGUACCGGAAACGUGUAUGUGAAUGCGGAGCAGGUAGCCAGUGCCUCUCGCUCUGGCGAUAGCGUUUACUAUAAUUCCGGCCCUGUUGGAUUUCCCGUUUCCACGCUCAAAUCUUUAGUACACACAAAGAUGCAAAAUAAGGCUAAGGCGUUCGAGAAUGAGUUCAAGUCAAUACCAUAUGGAGCUUUACAUGAACAUAAGAUUGGAAUGCUUCCACAAAACAAAACCAAAAAUCGAUUUAAGACCACGUUUCCCUAUGAUCACUCUCGUGUUAUUCUUGACAAAGUUCGGAAUGAUCCGCACUCGGACUACAUCAAUGCUAACUACAUCGAUAGUGUUACAAAAACGGCAGCAUACAUCGCAACACAAGGUCCAAGGACUGGGACCGUCAAUGACUUCUGGCGUAUGAUUUGGCAACUGAAGUCGGACAAAAUUGUUAUGCUAACAAAUGUGGUGGAAGAAGGAAGGCCAAAGUGCGAUAAAUACUGGCCAGAUGAAGGAGAGCCAUUAGCAACUCCACAUUUCAACAUCAUCCUAGACAGGGAACGAACUUAUGCUUUUUAUGUCCUUCGGGAUCUUACAGUCACAGAAAAGAAGACAAAAUCUGAGCGACAAAUACACCAGUUCCAUUACACCACAUGGCCUGACCACGGGACUCCAGACUCAAACGAACUCGUCGUCUUCCACCGUCGCGUGAAGCACUAUCCAAGCGCCCUCCCAGGAAAGAUGGUUAUUCAUUGCAGUGCUGGUAUUGGUAGAACCGGAACAUUCAUAGCCCUCGAUGCUCUGCUGGACUACGGAAAGGAGUUCGAACAAGUUGACGUUUUACAAUACAUCAAAACCAUGCGGAAGGAUAGAAUCAACAUGGUUCAAACAAACGAGCAAUACAUAGCUAUACACCAGCUCCUUGCUGAAGCCUUCGACUUGCCGGACACGCUUAUUCCCAGAAUGACGUACAACACAACUCUUAACACUCUCUCCAAUGGCGGCCCAACCAACCAAACAAAGCUUAGAAAGGAGUAUCAGCAAAUACAACCCUUGAAACCACACUAUGGGGAAACUGAAUGCAAAGCUGCUUUACUACCGAACAACAAGAUGAAGAACAAAAUCUCAACAGUCCUAGCAGCGGACAAAUUCAGGGCGUACCUACGAUCACAAGCAAACGGCAGGACGGAUUAUAUUAAUGCUGUAGUGGUGCCAUCCUACACAUCACAGACUGGGUAUAUCGUCACUCAGACUCCUACGGAAGACACCGUGGUGGAUCUGCUGACAAUGAUAAUGGACCAUGACUGUACCACUAUUGUCAUCAUAGAUACUGACACUAUUGUCUGGCUUCCUGAACAGGGUAAGGACAAAUCCAUUGGGGAAUUUACGCUGGAACACAAAGGGAAUUCUUCAACAGUUACUGAUGUUGAUUUGAUUGAAAUUUCAAUUGAAAAUGAGAUGAAAGGAUUCCAUGUUAAAGUCCGAGUGUUUCAUCUAACUGGUUGGGAACAAGAGUCUUCAGUCCCUCAAGAUUCGUCAGCCCUACUUCAGCUACUUGAACUUGUGGACAGUAGACGUAAAUCGGACAACACGAAGACGACAGCUGUCAUGUGUCGUGACGGCUUUUCACAGAGCGGUUUGUUCUGUUGUAUCAGCAAUGCUAGAGAUCAAAUGAAAGGCGAUGACGAAGUAGACAUUUUUCAGAUAACUCGACAGCUGCAAGUGCGACGCCCGGAAUUUAUAGUCAAUUUUGACCAAUACCAGUUCUGCUACAAUAUGAUCAAGGAGUAUCUGGACACCACUGACGUUUACAUGAAUUGA